CUUCAAACACAAGCAGGGUGCUGAAAACUCCUCUCAAAGGCUCCAGUUUAGGAAAAGUAUCUUCAGAAUAAACAGUGGGAGACUCUGCAAGCGGGCGGUGCUGUUGAAAGGUUGCUCAGAAUGAGAAGGAGAGGAAGUUAUGAUGGCACCUGCUGCCCCCAUACAGCCACACCUGCGGGGUCUGUCUCAGAGGAGACGUUCUGCACCAAACCUGGUGCUGGGAAAGGCUUUAGGAAUGUCUUGGAGCCCAAUAAGGGAGGAAGCUCCAUGUCUGGUGGCAGUGGAUCAGUGUCCCUUUGUGCUGGGAUUAACCAAUGAGAACUCAGAGCUGAUUCUGGAUGAAUGUGCUCAGCUGACCGAAGGACUGAAGACCAGGGAAAGACACCUGUUCCUCCUCAGUGACGCCCUGGUCAUUGCCAAGCUCAAGUCAAAUGCAAGUUACAGACUGAAACACAGAAUUGAUCUAAAGGACCUGUGGGUGUGCAGCUUUGAAAAUGAAGAUGAGGAGGCAGAAGACGAAGAUACAGAUGUUGAUCUAAGGACUUCCUUUGUAUUGGCUUGGUCUGUCUCUCUGUGCCUGGUGUCGUUCUGUUUGCCUGAGCUAAAGGAUCACUGGUUAGAUACUCUACACAGAAAAACUGCAGAGGCAAGAUCGAGUGCAGGCAGCACUUCCCCACCGCCCAGCGUCCUCAUGAAGGUGCUGAGUGGCAAUACCACGAAUAAAACUCUAAGCGGAGUUGGGAUGGACUCUGGCGUAGAGUUGCCUUUUGAUGGCAACGGCAAAAUCUCCACCCUCUCAAAGCAGUUGCAUAACCAGGAGGCACAUGCACAGCAGCCUAUUGAGAAUGGAGGCAAAAGGAACUUUUUCCCAUUUAAGCUGAAGAGAAGCUCUACAAACCCAAGCUUUCCUGCUCAUCCUGAGUCCAGUAUGAAGAACUUGUUGUUUGGACGACAUCUACAAGAUGACACCACACUUCCAAAACCAAUUACUGAAACACUCCUGUUGUUGUUCAGGAAGGGUCCAUUUACUGAGGGUGUUUUCAGAGUCCCAUGUAACAGCAAAAACCUGAAUGCUCUCAGAGAUCAGCUGAACUCUGGGGCCGAGGUAGACAUGGACGCCCUGCCUGUGACACUCUUGGUUGGAUUGUUGAAGAUUUACUUGAGGGAACUCCCUGGAGGCCUUCUAGUGUUUGAGCACUAUGAAAGUUGGAUCAGUGCUGUGGAGAAAGAGAGGACAGAGGAUGCGCAGAGUGAGCUGAGAAGAAUGGCUGAGAAGUUGCCCAAAGCAAAUAGUCUUCUCCUGCAGCACCUGCUGUGCCUGUUUCACCACAUUAGUCAGCGUUCAGAAACCAACAAAAUGGAUGCAAAGAACCUGGCAGUGUGCAUUGCUCCAACCUUGCUGCAUCGUGACAGCCAGCCCCUAGACAGGGAUGAUGUAGAAAAGGUCACAAAACUUAUCCAGUUCCUAAUUGAAAAUUGCUGUGAGGUAUUUGGACAUACUAUCCUGAUGCUUUUUGGGGAUUUCGAGGAACAGGACUCCAUAGACAAGUCAGAUUCAGCCUCCUUGAUGUCCCCCGAUAUAUCCUUCGAUGUCCACCAGCAUGACUCAGCAUAUGACAGCACAGAUCCUGAUGUUGAUUGUGACUGCGUGGAAGCUGAGAGCCAGACUCAAGAGGACAACAUAAUGCCACGUGGGAGCCCAGGCCUAAGCAAGAUGGGACGCUCUGACAUUCAGUCUUGUUCCUCUGACGCUAUUUUUGACGCUUUCACAAAUCCUUUCAAUCGUCGGUGCUCUGAGCCCUCCAUUUUUCCCUCUGCCCCCAUUACGGGUUUAAGAGAACUUGCCCGCAGCCAUGACGAUUUUUCGACAGAAAAGGAAGACUUUGACAACCAACCACUCAAGAAGCAGAACUCAGAUGAUUCCUUCUUGCAUCCCCACCACUGUGAGAACAGAAGAUCCCAGAUGUCUCUCAAGAAAGUGGUUGGGAGUUUGAACACGCCCAUCAGUGUGUCUUCUCCAACAUCUAAGGCUGGUUCCUGCCCAUCAUUUUGUUCCUCAGAUAGCACCUCCUCAAAUCUCUCGGAGCAAUCAACCACCACUUCACCACUGCCAUCCCCUGCAAGCCCUCGCAAAAGCCAGUCUACUAGGCAUUCAUCCUUUAUGAGUAAGUCUAAACAUAACCAUGCCCCAGGAGACCUGGAAGUGAACCGACGGUCCUUCUCAAUGAGGGCCAAAAGCCUUGGAAACUUUACAUUUAACAGAGGCAGUCUGAAAAAAGGGGACUCUCAGAAGGAAGUUGCCUUCCCUUGUGAAACUCUCCAAGAGGACUCACAAAAUGAGACAGAGAACAUUGAUGAGCUUGUUCGCCGUCGACGGCCUCUCUCUGCCAUUGAAGUCUUCCAACAUGUGGAUAGUCGUAUGCCAUGCAGCCCCCCAUCCUAUGAGCAGGCGCUGCAGACCGGAGGACAACCGGCCCCUCCGCAGUACAGGGCCAUGACUGUCCAACACGCCAGAGAGCUGGGCAGGAAAUCUCGUCCCAUAUCCAUGAACGACAACCUAUUGGAUGUUUACAAAGUUAAUGAACCCACAGAACACAUAGAAACAUUCACAGAAAGUGUUCAAUUAGUAGAACCACAGGCAGUUUCAUUCCGGCAGAGGGCAAUGUCUGAGUCAGUAUCCCAGACGAGGCACGACAGAGUGUCCCGCAGGUGUAGUCAGCCUGUAUUUGAGGAGUUCUCCUAUGCAAAGGAAUCUUAUGUGUGAGUGUUUUUUUCUUAAUUGCAAUACUGAACUUUUGCUAUGAUUUAAAGGUGAAGUGUGUAAUUGGUGUGCCACUAGUAUCACCUUGUUAUCAAACAGGUUUCCCUAACACUCCUCCCAUCAGUCACAUAGCCCUGCCCCAAAACAUCAUUGCCUCGUCAGGAUAAUCAACCAAACAGAGCAAUGUUUUGAUAGUGCCACAGUGAAAAUAAACCCAUAAAUGGCUUACUUAUAGUUGACUCUUAAGUUAAGCUGGGAUAGGAGAACUUUUAACAGAAAAACUGCACACUUCAGCUUUAAAAAAAAAAACCUGCAACUGUUAAGCUCAACUGUUUGACUUAGUGACACAUAGAAUUUAAUGUGUUACAGUGAUUUUAUAUGCUAAUUUCUAAUAAUUUUAAACUCUUGCCAGUAUAAAGCUAUGUAAAUAGACAUUUACAACAAUUAAAUUGUAUAAUAUAAUAAAAUAGUUUAUGGUGGUAACAGAAUAAUUUUGAUGUAGUCCCAAUGUACAGCUGUAAAUUACAAGAUUUCUGUAAUAUUGCUACUCUUUAUUUCACUACAAUAAAGAACUUUAGAGGCCA